AUGGGCCUACUAUCGCUCGGCACGCCGCUCGACUGGGCGGACGCGGUCCCCCUUGCGGAGCAUGUGCGCGAGCAUGGUGUCGAGCAGUUUCUUUCGACGUGGCGCGCAAUCCGUGACCGCAGCGGCGACCGGCUGCUGUGGGGCGACGAGCUCGAGUACAUGGUCGUGGCCUUGGACCGUGAGCAGCACACUGCGCGCCUCUCGCUCCGGCAGGGCGAAAUUCUCAACGUGCUAGAGCACUCCAAGGCGAUCGAGUCGCUGGAGCCUGGGAACCGCCCGACGUUCCAUCCCGAGUACGGGCGCUACAUGAUCGAGAGCACGCCCGGAACGCCUUUCGGCGUUAGCGCUCCCGAGCUGCUCCGCGUCGAGGACGACAUGCGUUUGCGGCGCAAUAUUGCGCGUGCGCACCUCAAGUCGAAUGAGAUUCCCAUGACGCUCACGUCGUUCCCCCGCCUCGGCGUGACCGACGCGCCGUUCACUGAUCCGCCGUACGAGGCGAACGGCAACGCAAGCCGCUCGCUCUUUCUGCCGGACGAGAUUAUCAACACGCACGUCCGCUUCCCUACGCUCACUGCCAACAUCCGCAAGCGGCGCGGGUCCAAGGUGUGCAUGAAUGUGCCCAUCUUUCCCGACACGAACACGCCGCGGCCGUUUAUCGACCCUAGCAUCCCCUAUGAUCGCGCGCUCUUUCCGGAGGACAGCGAGGCGAAGCUCGGUGCAGCGCUCCCGGAUCACAUCUACAUGGACGCGAUGGGCUUUGGCAUGGGAUGCUGCUGCCUCCAAGUCACGCUGCAGGCGUGCUCGGUGAGCGAGGCGCGCAAGAUCUACGAUCAGCUCAUUCCGGUCACACCGCUGCUCCUCGCCGUGAGCGCCGCGUCGCCCGCGUACCGCGGCUACCUCGCGGACGUCGACUGCCGCUGGAACGUGAUUUCAGGCGCGGUCGACGACCGCACGAAUGCAGAGCGCGGCGCGGCGCCACUCAAGCCUGGGGAGCCGACGCACUCGUCGCGCACCGGUCCCCGGCGGCUGCGCAAGAGCCGGUACGAUUCGGUGGACUCGUACCUGUAUCCCGGCGUCCGCCGCGAGGACAACGACAUGCCGCUCGAGAUCGACGAGGGCGUGCGCGACAAGCUGCUCAGCGAAGGCGUGGAUUUGCUGCUUGCCGAGCAUAUUGCACACCUCUUUGUGCGCGAUCCGAUCGUCAUCUUUUCUGAGCGCAUUGACCAGGACGACACGGAGUCCACCGACCACUUUGAAAAUAUCCAGUCGACCAACUGGCAAACGAUGCGCUUCAAGCCCCCGCCCCCGGGCGGCAAGAUCGGCUGGCGCGUCGAGUUCCGCCCGAUGGAGAUCCAGUUGACCGACUUUGAGAAUGCAGCGUUUAGCAUUUUUGUCAUUUUGCUCACGCGCGCCAUCCUCUCUUUCCACCUGGACUUGUACAUGCCGUUAUCCCAGGUCGACGUGAACAUGCAGCGUGCGCAGCAGCGCGACGCAAUCCACACACAGCGUUUCUUCUUCCCCACAACCUGGGGCAACCAGCGCGUGGCGCGGGGCGCGUCAUGCCCGGCUACGCCGCUGAAUCGCUCGCGCGCCGCGUCGCCGGCACUGGGUGUGCGCCGCAACGGGACGCCCGCGCCGCAGGCCCGCUCCGUGGGCGAGUACACCCUCGCGGAGAUCUUCCUGGGAAAAGGCGACGAGCUCGUGGGUCUCGUGCCGAUGAUCCACAGCUACCUCGACGCACUACACCUCGACGUCAACGUGCGCUGCCGACUGAAUCAAUACAUCGAUUUUGUCGGCGCGCGUGCGGACGGCAGCCUUGCGACGACCGCGACGUGGAUCCGCCAGUUUGUGCACAACCAUCCUGCGUACAAGCACGACUCGGUGAUCACUGAAGAAAUCAACUACGAAAUGCUCUGUACACUGGACCAAAUCGAGCGUGGCGUCCUCGAGGCGCCGGGCUACCUACCCGCAGGCUACGCCGCGCGGCGGCGUGCGCUCGACAGCGAAAUGCCGCGCGCACCGAACUAG